CAUUUUUCCUUCCUCAAGGAAUGUUCCAUUUGGCUGCUGUACUCCAGUCCACCCUGUGUCCCUUUCCUUUAGAGAUGAUCACCUCUGCUGUCGGACUUCAUGGUCUGAGCACUUGCACAGGAUGGCACGAGUGCCAUGGACCCCUGCCUCUGUGGGUUUGGUUGUCACGGGACCCCAAUACCUCCCUGUGCGCUCCUGGCACUCCUCACGCUCUCUUGGCGAUGACUCCGUGGUAGAGAAGUCCCUCAAGUCCUUGAAGGACAAGAAUAAGAAACUGGAGGAAGGUGGCCCUGUGUACAGCCCUGCAGCAGAGGUGGUGGUGAAGAAGUCUCUUGGGCAGAAGGUACUGGAUGAGCUGAAGCAUUACUACCACGGCUUCCGCCUGCUCUGGAUUGACACCAAGAUCGCUGCGCGCAUGCUCUGGCGCAUCCUCAACGGCCACACUCUUACCCGCCGAGAGCGCAGGCAGUUUCUCCGGAUCUGCGCCGACCUCUUUCGCCUGGUCCCCUUCCUUGUCUUUGUGGUGGUUCCUUUCAUGGAGUUCCUGCUGCCUGUGGCCGUGAAGCUCUUCCCCAACAUGUUGCCAUCCACAUUUGAGACCCAGUCCAUUAAGGAGGAAAGACUGAAAAAAGAGCUACGGGUGAAGCUGGAGCUGGCCAAGUUCCUCCAGGACACCAUCGAGGAGAUGGCCUUAAAGAACAAGGCAGCCAAGGGCAGCGCCACCAAAGACUUCUCCUUGUUUUUCCAAAAGAUCCGGGAGACAGGGGAAAGACCUAGCAAUGAGGAGAUCAUGCGUUUUUCCAAAUUAUUUGAGGAUGAGCUGACCCUGGAUAACCUCACGCGGCCACAGCUGGUGGCGCUGUGUAAGCUGCUGGAGCUCCAGUCCAUUGGCACCAACAACUUCCUGCGCUUCCAGCUCACUAUGCGGCUGAGGUCCAUUAAGGCUGAUGACAAGCUGAUUGCUGAGGAAGGGGUGGACAGCCUGAACGUCAAAGAAUUGCAGGCUGCUUGUCGGGCACGAGGCAUGCGGGCCCUCGGUGUCACAGAAGACCGCCUUAGAGGCCAGCUGAAGCAGUGGCUGGACCUGCACCUGCAUCAUGAGAUCCCCACGUCGCUGCUUAUACUGUCCCGGGCCAUGUACCUUCCAGACACCCUCUCGCCUGCCGACCAGCUCAAAUCCACCUUGCAGACUCUUCCAGAGAUCGUGGCCAAGGAAGCCCAGGUGAAAGUGGCUGAGGUAGAGGGUGAGCAGGUGGACAACAAGGCAAAGCUGGAGGCCACGCUGCAGGAGGAGGCGGCCAUCCAGCAGGAACACCGCGAGAAGGAGCUGCAGAAGCUAUCAGAGGCAGCGAAGGACAUCGAGAUAGAAGGGGCAGAAGCUGCCCCUGGGAGGCCAGGGGCCGAGCCGCAAGCAGAAGCUGAUGUGAUCCUGCCCUCAGAGGCCCUGAAGGACACUGCCCCCGUGCUGGAGGGCUUGAAGGAAGAGGAAAUAACUAAGGAGGAAAUUGACAUCCUCAGUGACGCCUGCUCUAAGUUAAAGGAACAGAAGCAGUCCCUCACCAAGGAGAAGGAGGAGCUCGAGCUGCUGAAGGAGGACGUCCAAGACUAUAGUGAGGACUUACAAGAGAUCAAGAAGGAACUUUCAAAAACUGGUGAAGAAAAAUUUGUGGAGGAAUCUAAGGCCAGCAAGAGACUGACGAAGAGAGUGCAGCAGAUGAUUGGACAGAUCGACGGCCUGAUCUCACAGCUGGAGACAGGCCAGAAGGCUGGCACGCUGAGCUCUGCCGAGGGCUCACCUGUGGGGGAGAACGUCAUCAGUGUCACAGAGCUCAUCAGCGCCAUGAAGCAAAUCAAGCACAUUCCAGAAAACAAGCUAAUCAGCUUGGUCUCAGCACUGGAUGAAAAUAAGGAUGGCAAGAUCAACAUUGAUGACCUUGUCAAGGUGAUCGAGCUGGUGGAUAAGGAAGAUGUUCACAUCUCCACAAGCCAGGUGGCUGAGAUCGUGGCCACUCUGGAGAAAGAGGAGAAGGUGGAGGAGAAGGAGAAGGCCAAGGGAAAGGCUGAGAAGGAGGCUGCAGAAGUGAAGAACUAGGGUUCUGUGGCUCUCAGGCCAGCAGUCCCCUGCGAGCCUCUGCCUCCAGCCUGCCACACCAGUGCCAUGGAAUGGCCGAAACGGUGAUUGCUCUGAGAAGAUUCUUAAUGGCAGAUCUAAUAUUUUGUCUGGACUAAAUCAGAAACUUCAUAAUCAAGUAAUUUUUAUUUUCAUCAUUCCACAAAGAUUUAAUCAGUCUGGAACCCCUCUAGGGUAGUGUGGGUUCACACUGCGCGGUGACACUCAGUGGUCCAGCUGUGAGGCGGGGGUGCAGCCAGACACAGGUGCCCGGCUCCAGGGGUGCCUCCCUGCGCAUUCCCUCUCCCUUUCCUCUGGCCAGCGCGGCUCUGUCCCCUCAGAGAUCAGGCCUGCUGGAUGCCCGACGCCUGCAUGGAGCUGUGCAGAUGUGCCUGCCCCUUGGCACCAGGAUAGGAAUAGACGAGCACAAACACAGCCUCCUCAGCGCUGAAGACGCUCCAGUCUGGACUUAGACGCCUCGUAUCGGUGUAAAUAGAUCUGUUCCUAUACAUUUUCAAAGUCAUGUCUGUGUAACCGUUGAGACAAAAGUGUCCAUCAUCUCUCAGUGGCCUCUGGGAAACGACAUCUCUCCCUGACAGGAACGCCAAUAUCUCAUGUGAAUCUCCUAUUAUGUAUUUAUUGGAACUCUUCUUUGAUUUACUUUUGAUUCCCACCUAAUUCUUUAACCAAUUGACUAGAACAGAAUUUUCACACAGGACAGUCUGCCUGCCUCGUGAGUAAUAGCUAAUGUAAACUGCCAUGAGAUAGUCAUAGGUGAUGUACACUCUCCUGCCGAAGCCCUGGGGGGAGCCUGCUGGAGCAGAGGGGCCCUGCACCCGCGGGCCCUCCCUGCCUUCCUAGCAUAGCAAGGCUCCGGGUGGAGCAUACUUGGGGCUGCACCUGUCCAGUAGAUGGGGUGGGACCAGGCCCAGGCAGCACUUUAUCUCUGUCCCUUAGCAUGUGGCAGGCUGGGGUCCCUCAGCUCUUUUGAAAGAGUCUCGUAGUUGUGCUGCUGGUCUCCACAGAGUGAGGACGUGGACAAGUGGAGUGUGGCGACACCCGCUCACAUGCUUAGGGCUUACCUGGAGCCCUCUGGGCCAAGCUGGGCAUGGCAUCCAGAGCUCAUUACUGAGAGCAGCCAGCGGCUCUCAACACUGAGCAGCACAGAUGGCAUCCUGUGGCCUCACCUCUCAGCCGCGUCACACUCAUCCUUUUACAGCUGGGUCGGUUACCCGCAAGAAUGUUCCUUCAGGGACUCCAAACACAGGAAUUUGGAAGACCUAGGAAUAGAGCGCUCAUUGUGGCCAGUCAGCCAGGAAGGGAAGCGGCGCUCAGAGGAACGGGACCUUCUCACUUACUUUUUGAAACUUUUUCUUGCUUGGCCCUUAAAGAAACUUGACAAAACAGGAUUAAGAUGACAUAUAUAUUCUCAAAUGUGUAUCUUUGUAAAAAAAAAA